UUGAGAGAGGCAGCGGUGGGAAAUACAGAAAGCACUGAAGGCUGCGGUGGUAUCUAGUUCGGCUACACUAGACUCGCUUGAGCUUGGUAGGGCAGAAAAAUUAGUUUAUUGAGUACACAUUUCCUUCUUUAGAAGUGCCGCGAUCUAGAAAGCACAGUAGGCAACAGGUCUAAUAAUGAACUCCUCGUUGAAGCAAGUAGCAGCAGUUACGUGGUCGCAGGUCAGGCACAUUUCAACGACGGGACCAUGCCUCGGAAAGAGAAACUUCCGCAAGUUUCCUGUGCACAACAUUCGUGGGACAUUUCACGAUCGUCGUCGCAAGGAUCGUGUGAUUGAGACUUAUGGAGUGCGCUGGCCGUCUGUGUCGCACCGAGGACCCCCAAUACCCGAAAUGGUUCCUGAGCUCAUAGUGCCUGACCUCACAAACUGUCAGCUUGGUCCAUAUGUCUCAUACCGUGCACCUGAAGUGUGCCAAGGGCCAUUCACAGCCCGGGACCUGUUUGAUGCAGUCUACUCUGAUGCAGUGGCCAAGGACUUCAAGGAUGGGCAAGCAGACAAGAGUGUCAGGCACCUGGAUGAACAGCCAAGUCCCGAAGAUGCACGUGUGCGGGCACGCCAAACCGGCAGUGACAUUUUUCCACCACUGUGGCGGGUACGCAAGAUGGAAGAUCAAUAGGCGGGAUUUGUUUACAUAUGUAGAUUUUAUAUUAAAUGUCACAUUUCUGAGUACAA